AUGUUGAAGCCUGGGGUGGGAGAGCGAAAGCAGGGCCGGAAGCCCGCCCAGGCGAGCUCCAGGAAGGGGUGCAUGAGAGGCAAAGGCGGUCCUGAGAACGCUUCUUGCUCCUACAAGGGGGUGCGGCAGAGGACGUGGGGCAAGUGGGUCGCCGAGAUCCGGGAGCCCAACCGUGGGGCCCGACUUUGGCUCGGGACCUUUGACACGUCCCAUGAUGCUGCAGUUGCCUAUGACGCGGCUGCCCGGAAGCUGUACGGGUUGGAGGCGAAGCUGAACCUGCCCGAGCUGUAUGCCGCUGCGCCUACCACCAAUCUGCAGCCUCCUGCCCCAGCUCCAACUAUCGCUAAUCAAGCUGUUCAUCCCCUGGGAAACCAAGCUCAAAUCUUUCAUAACUUGGUCCUUAAUCCACCAAGCGCGCCCCCUGUUCCCGUGACCCAAGCCAUGCCCAUCUCUAACGAUGGCCUUCAGGCUCAAGGUAAUGAUCCAGUCGAUCCAGUCCCCGACAACCUCAAAUUCGGACAGAACAUCGAGGAAAAUGACCUGUGGGGGAACCUGAACGUGAACUUGCCGUUCUUGGACGAGUCAAUAUGGGAAGAGGCCGCAAUGUCCGUGGACUUUCCUGUUCUGGAGGAUCCUGUCAACUUCGCAGGGAAUUUCCUAGAUGGCAACCCCUGGGAGUCUUCUUUACCGUCCCCUUGGUGCGUGUGA